AUGGCGAAGUACGAUGCACUGUUCAUGGGUGUGGCCCAGCAGGAAGGCAGCAUCGCGGGGGUCCUGAAUGCAUUCUUCGACUUCCUCCAUCGCAACACCGACUUCUACGUCGUAUCCGACAACCCACAGCGGAAGAUGGGCUUUGCCCCAGGGCAAGCGCAAGCCUUGCUCCUGAAGUCAUUCAAUCAGUUUCCAGUAAAGCCCCUUGAAGGAGUCGCCCCCUCUUCAUCCUCCCAUCAAAGACCUGUCACGGCGCCGCCAGCGCCAACAGCAGCCCCAGCAGUCUCCACUUCGGUGACAGCAAAGCCUAUCCCUAAGAAUACUCAACCAGCGACGACACCUGAAGGGAAGCAGAUUCCUGUGGGAAAUGGUGGAUCCACGGCAACGUACACGUGGACGCAGAGUCUUCGCGAUGUCACCGUGCAUGUGGACGUACCAGUAGGAACCAAAUCCAAGGACGUGACGGUAACCUUCACCCACACAUCGGUUUCGGCUGGGUUGAAAGGGCAGCCACCGCUGUUGCAUGGAUCGUUUCCGUACAAGAUCAAGCUGGAAGACACGGUGUGGUCGUUGGAUUCGUCCAAGGUGCUGCUGCUGUCGAUCGAAAAAACCACAGAAACAUGGUGGAAGUCUGUCGUGGAGGGCGAUGCUGAGAUCGACACGUCGCAAGUGGAUUCAACCCAGCGGAUUGACGACUACGACCCCGAGACCCAAGGCGCCAUCCGCAAGAUCAUGCACGAGCAACGCCAUGGACCCCGCCAGCCCAUCACGUCGGGCGACAACCAGCCCACCAUGAGCUUCCCCACGUCGUUGGAUUUGGAAUAG